AUGCGUAUCAGCCUCUUCUUCAUCUCAGCUCUUGUAGCAAGUUGCUCAGCCGUGGCGAUCCCCGACGAGCACUCGCACGACCACGACUUCGCCAGGGACAUAUCCCCCGUUCCCCGUAGCGUGCUAGACAAGCGCGACACGUACGACUGCAAGGGAAGCUCCCUCUGCUCUUCUCUGAAAGUCGCUGCGUGCGACGAUGCAGUGAACAACAAGCUCAUCCGCAACAACGACGUCAACUACGGCGCUCCGGGGAGUGGAAGACCGCAAACGGGAGCUUGCUCCAGCGUCUUUGGGGGCUAUGGAUGCGGUGUCUUCAUCCAGGGAAAGUCUGGCUGUGCUCGCACCGGCAACCAGAUGUGGUACGAUUACCAGGAUAUCCGGAGCAACGGCUGCAGGGUCUGUGGCUCCAAGCACUGGGGCGACGGAUGUCUUACCACCAUCAACUAUGUCUCUGGCUGCUAG